AUGCCAUACAUUGAAGAUAUCAUCAUGCCCCCGGCUAUGGCCAGCGCUCGUGACCAGUGGGACAUUAGAGCCUCCUCAUUAUUGUCUAAGAACCCGAUACGAGCCACGCUGGCGGCCGUCACAGGUACGCCGCCAGACAGUGAUCAGCCAGUCAUAAAUCUCGCAUUGGGUGACCCAACUUCUUCCAAUUUAUACCCUCCACCGCCGUCAACCAUCUCUGCAAUCACCAGAGUCGUUCAGACCUCUUCGUCGAACGGCUACCUACACGGAUCUGGUAGCCUUGAAGCUCGACAAGCUGUGUGCGAGUAUCACGCGAAGUGGGACAAAGUGGACUACUCCCCCAGUGCGGUCAUUCUGACACAUGGUGCUAGUCAUGCCCUUGACAUGAUCUUCAACGUUGUGGUACCUCCUAGUACCUCGACAUAUCGACCAAAUCUGCUUAUACCCCGUCCGGGAUUCGCUCUGUAUCGCACCCAGCUUCAAAGCCUCGGUGUGGAGAUACGCGAGUACGAGUGUCUACCCGACCGUGACUGGGAAAUCAAUUUGAUCGAUCUGGCCCGAUGUUGUGACGAGAACACGGUCGGCAUACUGGUGACCAAUCCGAGUAAUCCAUGCGGGAGUAACUUCAGUCGAUCACAUUUGCAAGACAUCAUCCAUGUUGCCGAACGAGCCAAGGUGCCAAUCAUAGCAGAUGAGAUAUACGCUCAUAUGACGUGGGACUCAGACUUUGUGCCCAUGGCUCGAUUGUCCUCGUCUGUGCCAAUUUUCACACUCUCCGGGUUGUCGAAGAGGUUCCUCCUUCCAGGAUGGCGGUUCGGAUGGGUUGUGGUUCAUGAUCCCGCCGGCCUAGCUACAGCGGUCACGGAUGGUUUGCACAUGCUCGCCAACCGGAUACUUGGGCCCAAUAGCUUGGUGCAAGCCGCUCUCCCGGAGAUAUUAGAGACCCCAGGCGAUUGGUUCGAGGGUUUGACGAGUAUCCUGGCGCGCAACGCGAAGAUAACCCACGAAGGCAUCAACGGCAUUUACGGCCUGGUCGCUUCUGCUCCACGCGGUGCCAUGUACCUUCUAAUAGGCAUAUCUUCGGCUUUUAAUCUGGAUGACAUAGAAUUCAGUCGACUGCUGUACAAGGAGCAGGCCUUGUUUGUACUUCCCGGCAGCUGCUUCGGGGCGGCAGGUUACUUUCGAAUAUCUCUCGCAAGUACUGCUGAUGCUUUGGACGAGGCUGUGAGGAGGAUAGGGGUGUUUUCAAGCAUACAUUGUCUUCCCGCCUGAUUCGGUGGCCACCUGCAGCAGAACAUGUAUUGAAUUCCGGUGGGAUCAAGAGGGAGAGUAGUGUCGCUCAAAAGGGCCUUGUAUCGACACGAGCUCUUCUGAGACCCGGGUUGUAUGUGCUGUCGACCGUUGCCGUUAUUCAGGGCGGUGGCGCUGCAAGCUCUAACUCGGUUCGGCAAAUGAAUCGAUAAUAUAUUGACAAUUUGGUGAGACUUUUCCCUGGUCAAGAUGAAUAUUCAAGACUUCCCGCCAACCACGGAUCUAUUCCGGCCCUGCACGGACAUGUGUGGCGCAUUCGGCUGUUCCGGGGUCUUUUCUGAUGGUACGCAGCUCAAAAAACAAUCGGCUCAUCCCGCGGACGACAUGUAUUGUGUAAAGUGUCUAACAAAUGUACAAUUGGAAC